AUGGCGAAACACUUUAAACAGGACUUCAUGAAGACUCUGGUCUCAGAGUGGAGAGGGCAAAACGCCGCGUGGGAGGGAAUGCUGACGCUCGUGCAAUCCGCAUCUGCGUUGUCGUUUGCAGUUCGAGCGCCUUCCCACAACGAUGAGGAACUAAAACAGCUACACACGCAUGCGCUAGAUAUGGUGAGAUAA